AUGCGGGACAAAUAUGACAUGGGCUUGGCGGCGGCAUUUUACUCGCCCAAGCUGAACUUCACAGUGGCCUCCGGCUACACAGAUGCAGGCUUGGGCAUGGGAAACAAGACCCGGCUUGCUCAAGUUGAUGACCUCUAUGUCUGGGGCUCAACCACAAAGAUGAUCACAGCCCCGGCUGUGCUGCAGCUCGUGGAGCAGGGGAAGGUGAACCUCACUGACCCGAUUGCCUUGCACAUUGAUCCCAUUUUGAUAGCUCUGAACGGCACUCGUUUAGAGGAUCACUUUGGCUCUCCAAUCCAUGGUGUUCAAAUCCAACAUCUGCUUCACAUGACGAGUGGCAUCCAGGAUUACGAUGGCGAGGCCUUCUCUCGCGCCCAGUUUGCCAAUCGUUCCAAGGCUUUUGGACCCAUUGAGAUCAUCGGGAAGUUCGUAAGUCCAACUCUUCAAUCGGUCCCAGGGCAGCAGCAGAUGUAUUGCAGCACCAACUACAUCCUUCUAGGAUUGGUCUUGGCCACUCAUUACCAUCAGCCCGACUCUUCCUGGGCAUGGCAAAACUACGACCAAGCUUCCGUGGUUCCGAAGGCUUUGCAGAAGGUCUUUAAGAACUCCAAGUUUGUGAUGUCGGGCCCCUGCAGCCAAUACACGCCAGUCCACGGCUUCAUGGAGUUUUAUCCAUCCGCCCAGUUGCCUAAGCAAGACGUAUGGGACGUGAGCUGUUUAGGUGGUUGGACUGCAGGGAACUAUGUAGGCUCUGUCGCAGAUGUGGCUCGAUUCACCUACGAGCUUUACAACAAGAAGAAAUCGAGCAUCCUUUCCUCGGCCUCCCAAGCGCUCCUUACCAACUUUAGCGUGGCCACCAAUGUGGAGACUACCAAACAAGCGCAGCCUGCUGAUUUCACGUGCUUGGCCUAUCAUGAGCUCAAGGCCGUUUUGACUGGACGCCCAAAGCCUCAUUGCGCCAUGGUCAUACCUCAGCGGUUUAUUGGAAAGUGCGUGUGCAUGCCAGAGAUAGUUGCUAUUGCCGUGCCAGCUCAGGGCCAGGUGGACACCUUCAAGCCCUUUGAGCUUUCCACCAUCCUGUGGUGCCAUGCUCAAAAUCGAUACUUUGAGACCGCGGACUGCGGAGGCGCUCAACCACUUUUCAAAGCGGCAGCUGGCACUGUUCCAAGACUGCUGGAGGACUUUACGCUGAGAUGUCUCGUGACCAUUGCCUGGUCAUUUGCAGCUUACAGGCACAAGGAAGAGCACCUUUUCCAAGCAAUCGGCGAUCACUUGAUCUCACAGGUCCACACGGCGAACUGCGGUGAGCUGGCCAACAUUGCUUGGGCCUAUGGACUUCUGCAGAUACACCAUGAGAGGUUAUUCCAAGAAGUCGCACGCCGGGCAAAUGUUCGAUUGCAGGAUUUCAAGCAACAGGAGAUUGCCAGCAUCAUUUGGGGUUUUGCUGCCAGUGACAUUCUUCCGGCUGCGUUCUUUAGCAAUGCAGCGCUUGCUGCCCAGCGACUGGCCUUGACGCCACAGCAGACCACCAACAUUUUGUGGGCUCUCACACGCAGAAGAUGCAAACAGAGUUCUGUGGCCACAACAGUGCUAGCUUUGCUGCCGCCUGCCACCAAGCAGAUCGAAAGGUUCAAUAUGCCCGAGAUUGCCAUUUGUUCGAUGGCUGCAGCCAAGACUCUGCUUUUCGUUGGCAUGGACAGCCCCUCUCCAGAGCUCCCAACAAUCAAUCAGACCGAGUCCGCACCAGAGAGUGCAACGGAGGAGGCCUCAGCAAAUGUGGAGUCCUUAAACAGCUCGACCGCAGCAGACAAAGCGAACGUAAAGACGACAACUUUGUUGCAAGCUUUGGGCGACCAGAGCAAUCGGGAUGUGGCAAAGCAGUUUGCUGGCUUCUCUUCCGCUCUCGCGCUCCUGCCGGUCAUAGGCCUUUUCUUGACGGAGUACCUUCUACGAGGCUUUGUGUCAGAUUCCAACUCCAGGUGGAUGUACAGUGCAUUUGCUGCAGUGAUUCUGGUGAACGUGGUCCUGGUGGCAUUUGUAGUGCACUGCUUUGCAGAAGGUUUUCCAGAUCAAAAGAUGUCCGAAGUAGACACAAAGGCUGAGAAAGAAAUUGGAGGUGCUUGCACAGAGAGAAAGAUAGAAGAAGAGGAGCCGAAGAAAGACAAGGUCUUCUCGGUGGACCUCGGGACACUUCAGCCUCCUGCAUUGCUGGAAGGUGCCUGCCAAGGCAUGUUCCGAGCCUUAUUUGCAGAGGCUGCCCGGCGCAUGGACUCCUUCAAGCCCAGGGAGAUGCAAAGCCUCUCCGUCCUGUGUGCACAGCCGUUGGGCCUCGAGAAUGCAGGCGAUAUGAGCGCUGGAGAUUUGCGGAGUUGCUGCUUUGCUCUGGCCACGACUGGAAGCCCAGCACACCAGCCCCUGAGCCUGUUGGAUGAGCUCCUGGAGGAGGACCAAGAUCUCUUCUGGGAUCCUGAUCCUGUUGAGGCCGCGAACCAAUAA